GGGCGGGGCUGGCCGGCCAUUAGGGUGUGUGGGCGGGGCCAAACGGGAUCCUCACCCUCUCAGGUUUUUAGUCCCGCCCCUGUCUUCUUCUCUCCCCUGUUGCUGUUGCGCCGUCGCCGGCUGCUGCCCCUGGACCCCCACCAUGGAAGAGAUAAUAGAAGAUCCCCCCACAUCAGCUGUCAUGCUGGAUCACUGUCAUUUCUCCCAGGUCAUCUUUAACAGUGUGGAGAAGUUCUACAUACCUGGAGGGGAUAUCACAUGCCAUUAUACCCUCACCCAGCAUUUUAUUCCCCGUCGAAAGGAUUGGAUUGGCAUCUUUAGAGUGGGAUGGAAAACAACCCGUGAGUAUUAUACCUUCAUGUGGGUUACUUUGCCCAUUGAUGAAAACACCGAAUCAGCCAAACAGCACGAAGUCGAAUUUAAAGCUUAUUACUUGCCCAAAGAUGAUGAGUAUUACCAGUUCUGCUAUGUGGAUCAAGAUGGUGUGGUCCGGGGAGCAAGUAUCCCUUUCCAGUUCCGUCCCGAAAAUGAGGAAGACAUACUGGUUGUUACCACGCAGGGUGAGGUGGAAGAGAUUGAGCAGCACAACAAGGAGCUUUGCAAAGAAAACCAGCAGCUAAAGGACAACUGUAUCAGCUUCCAGAAGCAGAACUCAGACCUGCAGGCUGAGCUCCAGAAGAAGCAGGAGGAGCUAGAAACCCUAAAGAGCAUCAAUCAGAAGCUGGAACAGAAAGUCAGAGCACAGAAGGACUGGGAGACAGAGCUGAUUCAACUGAAAGAGCAAAACCAGAAGAUGUCCUCAGAAAAUGAGAAGAUGAAAGUCAGCGUAGAUCAGCUUCAGGUACAGCUGUCAAAUCAAGAGAAAGAAAUGGAGAAGCUUGUUCAGGGAGAUCAAGAUAAGACAGAGCAGUUGGAGCAUCUGAAAAAGGAAAAUGGCCAGCUCUUUCUCAGUUUAACUGAACAGAGAGAGCACCAGAAGAAGCUCGAGCAGACAGUGAAGGAGAUGAAGCAGAAAGAAACGACCGCAGUGAAGCAGCAGCGGGAGUUAACGGAGCCUAGGAACAAGAGAAGAGCAGUGGAGAAGCAGUUAGUACAAGAGGUGGAACGCCUAAAGGCAAAGGUAGAGGCCGGGAAAGCCUGUUGCUUAGAGAAGUACAGAGAGUGUCACCGUCUCCACAAAGACAUCAGGCAACUCAGGGCUGCUGCACUGGACCAGAACUUUGACUUGUCAAAAAGGCUGAGUGAGAACAAGAUUAUAUUUAAUGCUCUGCAGAAAGAGAAAGAGAAAAUGGAAAAAGAAAAUGAUCUUUUGAAGAGGGAUAACAGCAGAUUGAUGAGUUAUAUGGGUCUGGAUUUUGACUCUCUGUCAUUUCAAACACCUACUUCAAAUCAAGGAGGUGCAGGACAAAACGCAGGACUUGCCUAUGGAAACCCAUAUUCUGGUAUCCAGGAAAGUUCUGCCCCCAGCCUGCUUUCCAUCAAGAAAUGCCCCACCUGCAAGUCAGACUUUGCUGAUGACAUUUUUGAUCACACCUUGGAGCAGCAGCAUGUGCAGACCCUUUGUUUGAAUUGUCCAGUUUGUUACAAGACCUUCCCAGCAAAAGAGAAGCAGAUCUUUGAAGACCAUGUGUUCUGUCACACUCUAUAAGUGUCCCAGCCUCAUGGGUCUUUAUUGCACAUAGAUUUUAUAAAAUAGAGCCUAUAACUUCUACUAUGAGUUAUGACCCAAGAUCCUCCCUAACCUGAGAUUACUAGGGAUUUAGUCUUGCUACCCUAAAGUUGGAGUCACAUUGUUUAUCUGAAGAAUAGUGUUAAGGGCUGUUAGUUCCAUUCUUGUGGGUUCCUACCUUUUAAAUAAUAACUCUAGUGGUGUCAGCCUCUCACCUAUGGUGCCCAUUCUUCUGAGGGUCCCCAGUACGAGGACCCUGGGAUGGAACAACAGGCCUAACUUGAGUACUAAGUGAUUCGUUUUCCAAGUUGUCCCACUGCCUUUCAAGGGCAGGCCUUGAGUGUAGUGUUACUCAGUUCUCAGGCCUAACCCUGGGGCUGGAGACGGACCAGAAAUAGAGAAUUGCCGCCUCAGACCUCUGGCCCACUGACUGCAUUAGGCUACCAAACGGCGUGGCAGAGAGCCCAGACACCCCGUUUGGACACCGGAGUUUUCUCAUCUUGGUUUCUCAGCUUGCAACACAAGCAUCUCAUUCCUGAACUGUGAGGCGAAAUAUUAUUUCUAUUACAGAAACCCUUUUUUCUCUCUGUUAUUCUCUAAUUGGCAUUUUCUACUCUUUGAUCUUUUCAAUGCAUGUAACUUUUAUUGUUGUAAGUCCUUUCUUAGUGGUUAGUAGGAGUUGUUAGAAACUAUGGUUUGCAACUUUCUGAGCAGGUGAGUUUGAAUAUGGAUAAGUCAGAAUAAUGAGAACUAUUGUUCAUCUCUUUAAGACUAAAAAUAAAUGAGUCCUCUACUUCAGGGACUUUGGCAAUUUAAAAUAAA